CCUAAUUUCUCCACGAAAAGAGAGGAGCCGAAAUCGUCGAAAUCUCAUUUCUAGGGUUUUGCAAAUUGACCUCUUAAUGGAUAUACAGAGCCUCCCGAUCUCCUCCUCUCACCGAUCGAAGCUCCUCGCCGCCGGUUACACGUCCCUCUCUUCUCUCUCCUUCGUCUCCGCUCCUCAACUCGCCGAAGAUCUGAACAUUGCACUUCAGGAAGCAAUGGAUAUCCUCAAGGUUGCAUCAGAAAGUAGUUCAUCUGCAAGAUUAGGUGGCGGCAAUGCUAUUUUAAAUGGAGCUCAGACUGCUUGGGACAUUCUGUCGGAGGAACAAGCUCUGAAACACAUAACUACCAGUUGCGAAGAUCUAGAUGGCAUACUUGGAGGUGGUAUUCAUUGCAAAGAAGUUACUGAAGUUGGUGGAGUUCCAGGUAUUGGCAAAACACAACUGGGGAUCCAACUUGCAAUCAAUGUCCAAAUUCCAGUUGAUUAUGGUGGUCUUGGGGGAAAAGCAAUUUACAUAGAUACCGAAGGCAGUUUUAUGGCUGAACGUGCCUAUCAGAUUGCUGAAGCAUGUAUCGCAGAUACUGGGAACACUUUUCUAUAUCACCGAAAAGACUUCCAAAAUUGUCAUGCACAGAUGCAUCCUAACAAUUUCCUAGCCAAUAUAUUUUACUUCCGCAUCUGCAGUUACACCGAGCAAAUUGCUGUGAUAAACUACCUAGAGAAAUUUAUCGCAGAUCAGAAGGACGUGAAAGUUGUUAUUAUCGACAGUGUUACUUUUCACUUCCGCCAAGAUUUUGAUGAUUUGGCCCUGAGGACCAGGGUACUUAGUGGAUUGUCAUUGAAGUUGAUGAAACUCGCGAAAAAAUUUAGCUUAGCUGUUGUUUUGUUGAACCAAGUAACAACCAAAUUUAACGAUGGCUCAUUUCAGUUAACACUUGCCCUAGGUGAUAGCUGGUCUCAUUCCUGCACCAAUCGAAUCAUUCUCUACUGGAAUAACAAUGAGAGACAUGCGUACAUUGAGAAGUCGCCCUCGCUGAAGUCAUCCUCAGCUCCUUUCUCAGUAACCAGCAAAGGAAUCCGAAAUGCCACGUCACCCUGUAAGCGUGUCAGAAUGAUGUAGUUUACACAAAUCGAAAGUUUCAACAGUUACAAAUGUUUGAUGUUUGCGGUGGUCACUGUAUAUUUCUUGAACAGGGGUGGUCUAUUCUUUUGCGACUGUGAAGCACUUUGACCUUUUAAGAUGUAUUUCUACACAUUUUCUGUGCGUUUUCAAACUACAUGCCUUGCAUUUUUGGAAAUUUUUGA